CAGGAAACUUCAUACAUAACACAUCACAUUUGUAUGGAUAUUGAUAUUGUGUAUAAUGACUUGGAAAGUAUCGUGGUAUAUUUCAUGUGCACAUAAACCUCGCCUCAUUUCUCCCUUGCCCAAGAAAGAGAAAGGAAGCAUGUCUUUCGUCUGCGAAAUCUGCGACAAAGAGUUUGCUCGUCAGUUUAACCUUGAUCGUCACCAGGAAAGAAAACACCGAGACGAGUCGGCUGUUGCCUCGGGGGAAGUCGUCGUAGAUUCCGAGACAGGAUCUUACCGAAAGCGCGAUGUUUUUGACGACAACUCCGACAUAUCGUAUGAACAUGACACUGACGCGCUUGAUUCAUCAAGCGAUGAGGAAGACGAAGAAGACGAGGAACCGACCGUGUCACAAGAUGAAGUAACCGUCUCAGACGAAGAUGAAUCUGUAGUGGACUCUGAGGAGGCAGAGUCAGUGACAGAAACCGACAGCGAUGAAAGUGAUUCAGAGAGUGAUGCAGACUCGGACGUUUCUUCCAACACGGCUUCUUAUGAUGAAAGUGAAGAGUACGGCUACGACAGCGGUGACGAGGAAGAGUGGACGCUCUAUCGAGACUGGUCCAUUCCACUCAAGCACGAACCAGGCGAUGUCCCUCAACGCGUGAUCAAAGAGACAAAACGCGCUGGCAAAAAGUUUUAUCUUGUAGAGUUUGCUGCCAUGCCUCGUUACGGUUACAAUAUCGAGUACAGCAAGAACUGGGUCCCAGAGCAGAAAUUGAUGACAAAAUACGGCUACCUCGUUCUGAAAUAAUACAGCAUCGUCCUUCUGCCGAUAGGACAACUAGUCCUAAUGUAACAGCGAUACCUACAUGACAAGACGUAAGC